CCACUUUCCCGUUUCGUUCGUUCACUUCACUGUGAGACGAGUCGACGACUUCACCCAAAAGGCCAAGACGCUGUCCCAAUCGGCCAAUCGAACAACCCCAUCGACGAAAUCGGAGUGCCUGGAGUGCCCACUGCUGCUGGUCGACUUAUUCCGGUCUUAAUCGACUGACGUCAUCUUCAACGUCCAAUGAAGAACGAGCGCAACGAGCCAGCGACUUCGUCUCUCCAGCCUCCACAAUUCGAACACGAUUACACGAAUAGAAAGGAAAUUACUUAUACAACCAAAAAUGGAACCAAGAGGAUGCAUACUCACCAUAAGUCAUGCAAAAUACGAAAUCGGCAAAAGAAAAUUGAUGAUUUUCAGAGAGCAGACUUCUUCCGUCAACAAUUGAAGCUAUCAUAUGCACUCAAAAUUGGCUAUGGGCGGGUAAACAAGGUUGUGUUAUUGAUAGCGGUGAUUUACAUUCCGAUGAAGACGACUAGGGAAUUGAGGAGGAUAUUCAAAUGUCAAUGAAUGAAGAGUUGAAGGCAAUUAAUGGAUAUUAAAGAUGUAGUGAAUUCGUCAUAUAUUUUUUGACAUGUUAGUAUUUUAUAUUUGUAAUGUUGGAUUUGUCGUAUUUUACAUUUAUAAUGUUGGAUUUGUCUUUGUAAGAUUGUUGGAAUUGUCGUUUUUUAAUGUUGG